AUGCCACAAAAAAAGCGCAAGCUCCUGCAAGCUAUCGUAAAUCUGGGUAGACAUGCAAUAAAAAAGCGAAAAGUCACUGAGGAGCAAGUUCAGUCUCCAAAUCCAGAGAAUGAGCACUUACCACUCGAAUGUAGACCAUCCGAAGCACCGCAGACACCGCCGCUGACAUACAAUGAGCCAGCUUUGCUGAAUCCCGAUGUCACUCCGAAAACAAAGCGGAUUUAUACCACCCUCGGUAAAGCCAAGAAACAGUUGGCAGGUCUGGCGAAAAGCUCGUCGUCGGUGUUCAAUGAGAUCGCGCAGCCGACAUGGGGCGAAUCUGAGGUGGCGAGUGGUUCGAAAGCCACAGAUUCACCCGAACCAUCCAAGGAACGUGUGUCCGAGGCCCACAACAUUGACAUGGGUGUAGGCAGUGAUGGAGAGGGGUCUGCAGGUGAUGGUAUGUGUGAGAACCAUGCUGUCGAGGUUGAGGAUGUCCCGGAAGACGAAGAAGCUGCCAGUGCUAGUCAACCAGUGAGCAAUGACUCGGAAGCAAAGACCUCUCACCCGAGUCACCCAUAUGUCCCUGCUCCGAGCAUCCACGACGCCAAAGCAGCCCUAGAGGAUAUCAGCAACUUACUUCGGCCAUGGCGUGCGAGUGGGAAAGGCCACAAAGCAUUCUCGGGCGAUGAUCUGCUGCGGAGAAGGCUCGAGAUGAUGAAGAACAUGUUGUGGCAUUACACCCGCGAUAUCGACCGACAUACCUGGCAGAAAGCAUCCCUUGAUGCAGCACACGCAUUUGAUCAGGGUCGCACGACAGCGGAGACGAUUCGGGGAUACUGCCGUGCAUUCAUCGCCGAUCGCACAGACCUGCCGUACAACUCGUAUGGCACAUGGAAUGUGUCAAUCAUGGAUGACGAUGAACUGGCAGCCGAAACUCACCUGCACCUCCAGGGGGUCGGAAAACAUCGGAAAGCAAUGGACAUUGUCCAUUUCUUCCAGUCACCUGAGAUCCAGGACAAGUACGACCUCGAUGGCUGGGCUCCGUCGGUGGCAACUGCGCAACGAUGGAUGGAUCGGAUGGAUUACCGCUGGGGGGUCGGACCAAAGGGUCAAUAUAUCGAUGGCCAUGAACGCGAGGAUGUUGUCACUUACCGGCAAGAUGUCUUCCUCCCCGCGCUUUCGGACAUUGAUGAUCGCCUUCGGGUGUAUAAUGAUGAUGGGACCGAGAUCCCGUAUGCAGGUCCACGUCCUAUGCAUCGGCGCCUUGUCAUAUGGUUCCACGAUGAGAGCACCUUCUAUGCCAAUGAUCGCCGACAUACCUAUUGGGUCCACAAGGACGAGAAGGCAACUCCGCAGCCCAAGGGAGAGGGUGUCUCGUUGAUGGUCGUGGACUUUGUGUCUGCAGACCAUGGGUUUCUCGGCUCAGAUGACGCAGCCAAUUCCGCGCGUGUCUACUUUCGAGCAGGGAAGGAACGAGAUGGGUAUUUCACAAGCAAGGAGAUCACGGAGCAGUUAGGCAAGGCGAUGGAUCUCGCUCGGAAGCUGUAUCCUGAUGAAGACCACCUCUUCGUCCUGGACAAUGCCUCGACACAUCUCAAGUGA